AACGAAUCGUAUGUUUUGAAAAAGCAGAGCUACUGCAUCAUCAGAUAUGAGUAUGAGCAUCACUUUCCCCUUUUCUUGUCGUUCACACUCACACAACACAACUCUGCACCACCCAAUUUCAUAUGCAUUUCAUCUCGAAACCCUCAAACCUACUAUCAAGAUUUUGAUUCAUCCUCAAUUUGGUAAAACCUCCGAUUCUUUCUCACUUAGCAGCUACCGAAUCCGAUUACCCGCAAUUCAUUCCGCCGCCGGAGAUGCUGCCUCCGUCACUCCUCCGGCGAAUUCCCUCCGGCAGCUUCUGGCCUCUCCCGGAAUUCACCUCGGCCCGGCUUGCUUCGACGCCCUCAGCGCGAAGCUUGUUGAAAGAGCUGGUUUUGAUUUCUGCUUCACCACUGGAUUCGGAAUAUCAGCCGCCCGAUUGGGUUUGCCGGACACUGGAUUUAUAUCCUACGGAGAGAUGGUGGAUCAAGGCCGGCAAAUCACGGAAUCUGUCUCCAUUCCGAUCAUCGGCGAUGGAGAUAACGGUUACGGUAAUCCGAUGAAUGUCAAGAGAACUGUCAGAGGUUAUAUUAAAGCUGGCUUCGCCGGAAUCAUUCUUGAAGAUCAGGUAUCCCCGAAAGCAUGUGGUCAUACGCAAGGGCGGAAAGUCGUGUCGAGAGAGGAAGCGAUUAUGAGAAUCAAAGCAGCUGUCGAUGCUCGUAAAGAGAGUGGUUCGGACAUUGUGAUUGUUGCAAGAACCGAUUCUCGACAGGCUGUGUCUUUAGAGGAGUCGCUUUGGAGGGCGCGCGCUUUUGCCGAAGCGGGAGCUGAUGUUUUGUUUAUCGAUGCUCUUGCUUCGAAAGAAGAGAUGGAGGCAUUUUGUCGAGUGUGUCCGCUGGUUCCGAAAAUGGCGAAUAUGCUUGAAGGAGGGGGGAGGACCCCCAUACUCAGUCCUAUUGAGCUGGAUGAUGUUGGAUACAAGAUCGUGGCGUAUCCGCUUUCUUUGUUGGGAGUGUCCAUUCGUGCAAUGCAGGAUGCUUUGUUGGCUAUUAAAGGAGGUCGAAUGCCUUCUCCUGGAAGCAUGCCGUCUUUUGAUGAAAUGAAGGAGAUCUUGGGUUUUAAUGCUUACUAUGAAGAGGAGAUGCAGUACAGCACGAAAACCAGUCAACCUCGUCUUGAAAGAGAGCCUUAUGGUAAACAAGAAGACACUAAAGAUACUGCCCCAAGUGCACAAGAUACUGUGGUGGAGGUAGUGACCCCCGAAGUAUACAACGGUGAAUAUGGUCGAAACAGUUCUUUCUCCGGCAUUUGGUCGCGAAAGCUGAGAGUGAAAAUAACUGGACGAGAUGGAUUUGAAAAACUCGAUAUACGGAUACCUGCUGGUUUUCUUGAAGGGGUGACGAAUAUAGUGCCGGCAUUGGUGGGUGUAAACAUCAAGGCUUUGUUGGAUGAUGCAGAUCUUGAAGCGGGAGGGAAGCAGUUAAUUGAUUUUAAUGAUACAAUGGGGGAUAGAAUUCAAGUGUUUUUGGAAUAGAUGAAGAUCGUGAUAAAGCUACAAACUUUUUGUGGCAAGUCCGUCUUUUUACGUGCAUGUAUCCGAGUAUUAUUACGACGACGAAAACUAAUUUGCAUGGAAGAUUGCGAUUUUAUGGAUAUGAUGCUCCGAGAUUGUAUGUGUUUUCUGCAUUUAUAACAAGCAUCUUCUUGCGGG